CUGACCGACUUGGAGUUAAAAGUAGAAACAACGGGAGUCUUCAUAAAGUAUUGUAUUGGGUUUUAGGUACAGUGUUGUAGUAACCAAGCUAUGGUUUGGAUGAAGAUAUACCUUUUCCGAAGUUUUUUGCCUCAAUUGGUAAGAAAUCAUUUUCUUGAGAAGGCAGAAGAAAAUCCUUGUACGACAACAACGAGCAAGAAAUCGCUCUUAUCACAUGCGACAGCUUCAUCACUCUCCACGAAUGUCCUCUCGAGUUCCUCUGGGUCGUCUACUCCUUCUUCGCCGAGUACCUCGCGUGCAGCCACAGCGGAAGACGAUCGACCACAUAUAUUCGCGGAACGGAGUCCACUUGGAGCAGAAACGACACCGAUCGAUGGCGGACAUGAACGGGAUCGGAGUAUCUUCACAUCAAAGAGAGGCAACGCCAACAUCUUGGUGCACCCGUCAUUCUGGCACAAGCCCUAGCGGAACCGGCGUGCCGUCUACUCCUAGUAGGACGACGUACGGUCGGGGAAGCUUCCCUACAGCAUCUUUCACGAAUCAAAAUCGAGCUUUCUCUUCGACAACAAGCACCCCUUCGAGUUCCUCCUCCUCGAGCGGCGAGAAACGAUAUCAAGCACCGGCUAACGACUGCCACGACAGCAAAAACAGUGUGCAGAACAUUUUUGGUGCAGCAAUAACCGAAUGCUAUGGUUGCGGUCCGGGUAAUGUGCAUGGAUUUCGCUUGAACUCUUACGUUAUACCCGACUACGUCAAACUCGACUUCGCGCCAGACAAACGCUACUUUGCUCAAGAGGCGUUUUGGAGACCACAACCGUACCACUGCGGUCCGCCUGGCUACCUGUACGGAGGGUUGAGUGCUAGUUUGUUGGAUUGCCUGGCGAAUUGGACUGCAGCUGUGGCGCAUACAGUGUGGGAAGAAGAAAGUCGUGGUGGUACCAAUGGUGGAACAGAAUCCGACUCGUCGUCGUCGAACCCGAAAUCCCCUAGGGGACUCUUCAAUGCAAACGCCUUUUGUGGUACGUCUCCACAGACGCACCGACAUGUCAUGAAUGCCAUAAACACGAAGAGAGCUCAAUUCGGUCUAUCUGUCACCGGGACCUUGAACUUGAAGUACCUAAGACCCGUUCCGAUACGAGAAGAGGAGCCCAGUGAUUCUUCGACCACUAACAGUACCGAGCCUGAAAAAGGCAGCUCGAAGAUGGCCCCGAUUUAUCUGCGAUCCCGUAUAGAUAAAGUGGAUGGCCGAAAGUUUUUCGUUUCCGGCGGCAUAUUUUCCGAUUGGCGGGAGACGACCAAAGAGUGUGUGUCCAUGACUGCAGUCUUAAUAAUGGUAGACAAAAACAAGACUAACACAAAGAACGAGGGGUCCUUCACAACGUUGAAUCGAUACAAGGCUCGUUUAUAAGGGGGAAGAGGACGCAGUGAAUCCUAGGUAACUAAUGGAGGCGGAUGCAACAAGGCAUAGCCAUACCAGUCACAGAUGAAGGGUAAAAUACAGCAUGGUUGAGAAUACAGGCGUAGUUCGUUAAAAUUUUCCGAGGGCACUGCUGGACCAAAAGAUUGACGUCAUCUUGUUGCCUCUAGAGGCGAGUGACACUUUCGAUCCAGUAAUUGUCAUUUUAGCGCAUUCUGUAAUUAUGGGCUUAAACUUUACCAUAUGAUGGGAGGUAGGCUGUUUUUUUACGAAAUCAAUUGCAGUGUUGGCAGUGCAGCCGAAAAAUAAGCAUUGACAGGAG